CAUCAGCUCGUGGGCCUGUAUACAUAGCCGGUUCCGAUGAACGUUCGAUCGAUGAGGCAAUUGUUCUUACGGAAAAGUCUCGUCGACGGAACCAUAAAUAUCAGGCCGAGGAGAUUACCUUCCACGCUUGUGUGGACAUCGAAAGACUGCCUCAAGGCGUGCAAGGCAUCCCGAUGGUCCGAAUUCCUGACACCGUCAGAGAAUUGUUCGAACAACUCAUUCGCCGUACAGCAGCUGAUUUAAAUCCAUCGGACCUCAUCCGAUUUUGCAUCCAGGCAGAAGGUUUGGACAAACCGAUCAGCACUUCUCUGAUGGACAGUUUCGACUUUGACGGUCGAAAAGAUUCUGGCUGCAGUCAUGAAAGUACUGCAGUCCAAAGACAAAAUCGAGUUGGAUACAGGGUUCGCAGUGGACGUGAUCACCAUCAGAAGACCUAUUGGUGCCGGACGAAACAGGAAAGUGAUUAAUAUCUCAGUGGAUAGACUCAUUAAAAAGUCUAUUUUGCCCAUUCCCUAUGACGAUGAAGGACUGUGCUGUGCCAAAGCGAUUGUUUAUGCCUUGGCGCAUUUGCACAAAGAUACAAGUGCCAUCAAUGCCUUGAAAAAUCAUCGUCAGCCAACACUGAUGAACCGUGCAAGGGAACUUCAUUUAGAUGCAAAUGUGUCCCUAGGCCCCUGCACUUUUGCAGAGAUAGCUAUAUUUGAAGAUCACCUGGAUACUCAAAUUGCCGUCUUUUCUUCGGAGAACUUGAACCGAGUGGUCUAUAAAGGGAAAGAGAGGGCACAACGGAUCAAGUUUGUGGCUUCACGAUGGGCAUUAUGACGUCAUCAAAUCCCUGAAAGGAUUUUUCGGCAGUAACCAUUAUUGCACAGCAUGUGAAAAGCCGUACGAUCAUCCGGAAAGCCACCGAUGUGCCAAUGCGUGCCCUAUAUGCCUAAGGGACUUGAUUGCUUU